CACGGGAUGCCGAGCUUGCCAAGGCUGAGGCAGAAGGAGGCUGCGUCCAUGGGGUUUCAGCAACCACCGCUGGCCGCCCUGUGCCUGCUGGGGGUGCUGGUCACUUCCUGCCUCGGGGGGCCCCACUGGGAGGACUCAGAGUUCCAGGUGAGACUGAAAGGCUCCAGCUCACGGUGCCAGGGCCAGCUGGAGGUCUGCAUCGGGAAAAGUUGGUACACAGUGUCCAGCCAGAGUUGGAGCUGGAGCCAGAGCCCAAACCCCUGGGAGGAACUUAGGCUGGCCUUGAAGCUCUGCCGGAGGCUGGACUGUGGGGAGGCCUUGGCCAUGGCCUACUUUCCUGCUUUCAACAGUCCCCAGAAACCGAUCACCUGCCAUGGACAUGUGGGGUCCUUUUCCAACUGCAACACCAGUGUGGCAAGCCAGAGCAAGCCCCUGGGCCUGAUCUGCCAGGAGCCACCGAAGACAACACCUCCUCCCACGAGCCCCCCACCCACAACCACUCCAGAGCCCACAGCUCCUCCCAGGCUGCAGCUGGUGACCAGGCCUGGGGGCCUGCAGUGUGCUGGUGUAGUGGAGCUCUACUACGGCAGCCUGGGUGGUGCCAUCAGCUAUGAGGCACAGGACAGGACCCAGGACAGGACCCAGGACCUGGAGAACCGCAUCUGUGCCGCCCUGCAGUGUGGUUCUUUCCUAAAGCUUCUGCCAGAGGCUGAGACAGCCAGGACACAAGAUCCAGGGGAGAGCAAGCCCUUGCCAAUUCGAUGGAAGAUCCAGAACAGGAGCUGUGCCUCCCUGGAGCGGUGCUUCAGAAAAGUAUCGCCCUAUGAGGGCAGCCAAGCUCUGGCCAUUGUCUGUUCUGGUUUCCAGCCCAAGGUGCAGAGCCGCCUGGUGGGGGGCAGCGGCUUGUGUGAAGGCUCUGUGGAGGUGCGCCAGGGCAAGCAGUGGGAAGUCCUGUGCGACGUCCCUCGGGCAAAGGGCACGGCGCGGUGGGAGGAGGUGUGCCAGGAGCAGCGCUGCGGCAAACUCAACUCCUUCCGGGUGCUGGAUGCCACCGAGAAAACCUCCCAUGGGCUCUUCUGCCCUGAGGAGAAGCUGUCCCAGUGCCACCAGCUUCAAGAGAGAAAAACCUACUGCAGAAGGGUAUUUGUCACAUGCCAGGACCCAAACCCGGCAGGCCUGGGCGCAGGCACCGUGAUGAGCAUCGUCCUGGCCCUUGUGCUCCUGGCAGUCCUGCUGGUCGUGUGCGGUCCUCACGCCUACAGGAAGCUGGUGAAGAAAUUCCGCCAGAAGAAGCAGCGCCAGUGGAUUGGCCCGACGGGAAUGAACCAGAACAUGUCUUUCCAUCGCAACCACACGGCGACCGUCCGGUCCCAGGUUGAGAACCCUGCUGUCUCACAUGUGGAGAAUGAAUACAGCCAGCCUCCCAGGAACUCCCACGUCUCUGCUUAUGCAGCUCUGGAAGGGGCCCUGAAUCGUGUUUCCACCCAGCCUGAUAACUCCUCUGAUAGUGACUACGAUUUACACGGGGCUCAGAGACUGUGAAAGAACCAGGUACCAAGCACAAAACAUCAAGAGGCAGACCUGUUUCCUGAGACGACUCUGCCUGGAAAUAAUUUCUGCCCCAGCUAGAACAUGGACGCAGGCAAGGGUGCUUUCAGACAUAUCCUAAGUCCCUAGAGCUGUGGGCCGCCGGAACCUGGCCCAGUGAAAACCCCCAACACAGCUCGGCUGCCCUUCCAAGUUGAGCAUAGCCCAGAAACAAGAAUCCCCCAACCCUCAAAAUCAGACAUGUGGGGAACAGCACCCGGAGGAAUUGGUUCUGAGAUUCUGGCCCCAGUGAGGAAGGAGCUCCCCUCUGAGCCGGGAUAGGGGAGUGCAGGGGAAACUCGGUUCUCUAUUAUAUUUUUAAUAUGUUCUUUGUAAAUAACACUUUUUCUACUUCCUGCGAACUAGAGGGCCUCUGCUCCUCAGUUGAGGGUCCAGCUUCUGGACCCUUCUGGGGAUGCUGGCAAGCCCGAAACAGAGCCACUCAGCACAGCAGGCAGCCACUGCCUGACACAGGGCCCAAUCACCCUCCCUCUGUGGCCGCCCCUCAGCCCCUCAUUCCAAGCCCUAACAGAGAGCACCAAAUCUCUGGGAUUGCUGGCUGCCAAGCCCAAAGGCACCAUGCCACCCCAGGGCCCGUGAAGAAAGGACCAAAGAAAGGACCUAGCAAAUCCGAGGUGCUUGGGGGUUUGGUUUUGCACAGCAGUUUAAAGUUCAAAGCCAAAGUGGUUUCAGCCAAUCACAGUUAACUUCCGAGCCGAGAGGCAGAGAACAGGGCUGGACGUUCAUAGAAGUUAAAUCAUUCAUUCUCCCAAUGGAAACUGUCUCUACUAGUCACUGUAUCUAGACACACACAUUACCGUGUGAUGCUGGGAUGUCCUUCGUGAGGAAGGAAGGGUGAGUGAGUGGGGACAUCUCACAGGAGCUUGAAGAUCUAGUAAAGGCAGAGGCCAAGCCAGGUCCCCACCAGGUCAGCCCUUGGGCACCAGUUCCCUAAGAAGGCGUGUUGGGUCUGGGCCUUCCUCCACAUGAUCUGCCACUGUCUCCACUGACAGCAACAGUUCUUCAUGGCCCAAGCUACAGAAGCCAACCCAGGAAGAGCAAUGGGGUGUUACUAGAAGGAUAUGGGGUAGGGGUGUUCAUAGAAUCAGGGGAUCCGAGGACAGUAGCUUGCUAGAAGAGUCUGGUCAGCUCUCUGCCAAUACCUUCCAACCAGGCCUCCUGUCCUCCCCUGCUUGGGACCCAGAGUCCCAUGAGAGCCCAGUGGCCAAACCCAAGUCUCGGAUCUGCCCCAACCAUGCUAGGGAUCCAGAAACAGGGGCGCCCAGUCCCCUUCCUACACUCGGCAGGGGUGAGGGGCUGCUCAAAAGGGAACUGAGAGAUGGCUUUCAGGGAGGGCCGUUGGGGAGCAAGAACUCCUGUCACCUCAGAAGUCCUUCAAGCUGGACUAAGGAUCAAGUUGACCUGAGACAGGUGAACAGGAGAAAAUCAAACUGAACAGAAGUAUGUACAGAGGAUCCAAGCAGAUGUGGAAACUGCAGAGACAGGCCCAGAGAUCUCCAUGUCAUUCUGAACUAAGAGGAAGGGGCAGGGCUCUGGGACUGCAAGGGGAAGGAAUGCACUUCACAGAGCACUAGGAGGAGGGAGUGUUUGGUAAGGAGAUGUUUGCCCUGCCCUAUAGAUGGGUCACUCAGGUGCAAGUGAUCUCUAGCAAUAACACUUAUUCUGGAAAGACCUCCAAUAUAGAUUCUUCUGUGUAGUUAAAGGAGGGGCAAUGGUUUCUGGUGAGCCCUGAGUCUUGAUUGCCUUUAGCUCAAAAUAGUCCAUGAGCCAAAGUGGCGCAUCUUGGGGAGGCAUGCCCUUGGCCCCUACAGGGCAGAGGCGGUGAGGCACCCAAUGUCUCUACCAGCACCUUUCUUGAUAAAAGCUCUUUACUCCCUAGCUUGCCCACCAGGCAUGACCUCAACACAACCAUGGCCAAUUUAACCCCCUCCCCAAAAAAAGGAGCUGCAUUGAGGGGUCUCUUUAGAAAGCUUUUCCCAGUGGUGGCAGGCCUGGGUGGUGCACUCCACAAAGGCCUGUUUGGUUAACAGUUGAAUAGGAACCAUCUUGGCCUUUCGUCAGGCUCUGGCCUUAGCAGGAAGGAUUAGCCCACAAGGCCUGGGCCGCCUCCCUCACCACAGAGGAUGCUGAGCUGUGGCCUGGGCCACCUCAGGUUCAACCUCUUGCCUUAUGGCCACCUGCCAGAGCAGAGUAGGGGCCGCCCCUUCAUCAGGGAGGGGAGUGCUGUAUGUCCCCCCCCCCCACUCCACAACAGCCCAUUUCCCUAAAUUGUUACCUGCAUGAUCAGUCAGGGGAUUGGGGGGCAUGAGAGCGUGCAGCCUGAUAGACUGAUUCAAGGACAUUCUCCUCCUUUUGUGUAAAGAAGACUGAGGCCCUGAUGGGAAAGCUCACUCUGAGUACCCAGUGACAAGCCUUGCUUCAAAGCCGUCAUGCCUCUGGGAUCUGGGAGUACUGAAUGAUAGCCAAAGGGACAUUUCAAGUGGUCUUGCCCCAGCUGAAUCAGCAAAAUGUCCUUCUCACAUAAGCUAGGAAUCACCUUGAGGCUCUAAACUUGGUGCUUUGGGUGUGUCCUUGGGCAGCUGGCUCUGCAGGCAGGGACCCCCUGGGGUCUGGGGGAGGGCGCCUGGUGAUUCAAUGUGGCAGAUACAGGGGUGGGGAGAGGCAUCCGAAGGGCCUGGAGAGAAGGGAGAGCAAGGAGCAGAAGGAUGCUCAUGCACAGAUGACCAGCUGAAGCAUCUCUCCUUCGAACCAUUUCAUAGAAAGUGGUGGUUCCUCUCGGCAGCCCCUUCAUGCACCCUGCCACCUGUCCUUAAACCUGGACACAUGCAAGGCGCAGAGUUCAGGAGGGGGCAACCGACAGUAAAAAAAAAAAAAAAAAAAAAUUGACUAAAGGCCAAGGAUUCUCAACAUGGGCUUAGAUUUUCCAAACCUUCUUCCUGACUGGGAACCGGAAGACAUCUGGAAACCGGAAGACUUCUGACACCACAUGGCAUGGUGGAGGAACCCCUGCAGCCAGGUCAGCCAGCCAGGUGCCAGCCCUGCUCCCACCCCUCCAGGCUUUGAGACCUAGUCACUGGCCCACCCACCCCCUGCAGUCUCCUCCCUUGCUUAAAAUUGGGGAUCAAAGGGCUGUCGAAAGGACCCAACAAGAUCAUGCAUGUAUUAAAGUGUAUUCAGUACUGGCAGUCCAAAGCACCACUGCACGCUGUCCACAAGCAGCCUGUCCAUGUCACUUUGCUGGGAAGGAAGAGCAGAUGGGCUGACUUGAGAGUCCAUCAGAAGCCUGGCCUCCUGACUCCCCCAAAGCUGCCCUUACUGGUGAGAGCAGAAGACUCCCUCCCAGACCUCAUGACAGAAUCAGCUGAGCUCAGGGUGGGUUAGAGAGGGAGUAGGCUGGGUGGUGGGCAAAGACCACUGGGCUCACAGCCAGUGGCCCGCUGCCUCCUCUCUUUCCGUUUAUAAACUGUGCGGGAAGACCUGGCCCUGACCUGGUGGCAUCCUGGCAUUUCAUACAGGUAGACAGCAGGUGGCGCAGAUGCGGUGCCACCCUCGCUAGGCUGGGCCCCGCACGCCCCCUCGUGGGGGCCGGUGGACUUGCAUGGCCCAAGCUCGGCCCAAGAAGAGGCGAAAAUGCAGGUCCCUGCGUGAAAACACCUAAGAUUUUGGAAAACCCAAGUGCAGGAGAAGAAAGGGAAAGGUCGUAAGAGCCAAGCCAGGGCCAAAGGAGCAGGGGAGGACAGGAG